UGGUGUGAAUGGGUCAAACGCGGGCUGAACCCGUGUUCAAUAUCCCGUUCCACCCCCGGGGUUUGUGUGUGUGAAAGGGUUUAGUCUGGUCGCAAGACAGAGUUGCUGAGGAGUGUGGAGAUAGUAGUGGGCGGGACAAAAUUGUCAGUUUUGGGUCGAUAAAUCACAUGGACCCAUUUGGAUCACAUACUCGUGGAAACGGUUUUUAAGUUGCCACUUGGUACCUGUGCAAUUGUAAUCUGCAAGGCGACCACAGUGUUUGCCAAGAAUUGAGCUCGCGAGCGGUGCAUGGUUUUUGCGCUCUCCAUGGACUGUCAACAGGACCCACACCUCGGCUGGCGGGACGUUGAUGGAGUUCUUGCAGGGCAGUGGUGACUACUGCCACGCCCAACAUCCCAGCGCCUGAGUCCGGCCAGCAUGCGCGCCCGGCGCUGACCUGUGGAUGCCAAGAGGCGCCUGCUGUCAUCGGGGCUCCCGCCUCCCGCACGCCGGUCCCGCCAAAGCCGCCGAUGGGGUAACGCGCGCCUGGCCAGGCCAGAGCAAGCCAGCCGACAGCGAGGCCCUCCUCCUCACCCAGCUGUGAGCCAGGACGCGUGACCACCGUCUACCACAGGAGACGCCUGGUCCCAUUGCACUUUUUUUAAGGAGGGGCGAAAAGACACAAGCCAGGCAACUUUGGCCAGGUGGGUGGGGGGUCCGAGUAGUGAGCGAGCAGCACUUUUGGGGGAUUUUUUUAUUUAAAUUUUUUUGCUUGUGGAGCCGAGCGGACAGCGGCGUCAUGGCGCGGAUGAACCGCCCCGCCCCCGUGGAGGUGUGCUACAAGAACAUGCGCUUCCUCAUCACGCACAACCCCACCAACUCCACCCUCAACUCCUUCAUCGAGGACCUGAAGAAGUACGGCGCCACCACCGUGGUCAGGGUGUGCGAGACGACGUACGACAAGACCCCGCUGGAGAAGGACGGGAUCACCGUGGUGGACUGGCCGUUUGACGACGGUGCGCCCCCUCCUUCCAAAAUCGUGGAGGACUGGCUCAGCCUGCUGAGGAGCAAGUUCUGCGAGGACCCCGGCUGCUGUGUGGCAGUGCACUGUGUGGCGGGCCUGGGACGGGCUCCUGUGCUGGUGGCCUUAGCGCUGAUCGAAAGCGGAAUGAAGUAUGAGGACGCCAUUCAGUUCAUCAGGCAGAAGCGCAGGGGGGCUAUCAACAGCAAACAGCUGACAUACCUGGAGAAGUACCGACCCAAACAGAGACUGCGCUACAAAGACCCCCAUCACCUCAAGAGCAAGUGCUGCAUCAUGUGACUCCCGGCCUCCCGCCGACAGAUUCGGCAGGUUGUUUGGGUAAACGGACAGAUAACGGACCGCAACGCACUUUGACUCCGAACUCUGGAUUUGAAGCGAAGAGCUUCCCUCCCAGCACUCCCGGGAAGUGUGACAAACUCUUCCUCGUUUCAGGUCUGGCCGGAGACCGGCCAUUAGAAUUAGAAUUCGUUUUUAUUUUGUAUGAAUUAAUCGUGAGUGCUGGCUAACCCCACCAGCCUGCCGAAGUUAACCUGAACCGCCGUGCAUUUCUGAUGUCCUUCAGUCGCACGCGCCUCCCGCCACAUCACACAGACUCUUCCGCCUGCGGGCGAGCGCAGUGGCUGCGUUAGCCGGACUAAUGAACUCACAGCGCCUGCGUUAGCCGCCGUGUGCGGUCAGCAGGCAUAGGGUAAAUUAAUUAGCGGGACUUCGUACUUUUUUGUCGUCUGUGUGUUCACCUCUGCUCUCGCUUUGCCAGGAUGGCCGUUUUCACGAACUUGCCGCCGCAGUCGUCACGAGUUUUUUUUUUUUAUGUGUCAGAGUUCACUCCUCAACAAAUCCUUUCUUAUUGUCCCAAGAGUGGGACUUGGGGCAUGGGGAUUGUGAUGUAUCGAGCGGGGAUCUAAUUAUUGGGUGUGGUGGUGAGGAAGGGGCGUGUGUGUAUUUCUAUAGAUUUAUUUUUCUCUUCACAUGUUUUUGCACAAGAUACUACAGGAUUAGGACAGUUUACCCCAGUGGCUCAGUGUCGGACUGCGGGUGGGUGUUCAGCGCAGCUGGCUGUCCUCGAGUCUCAGAGACAAUCUGAGAUCACAGCUCUCCUGUCAUCCUUGUCCGUGAUUUGUCGUCACCUGCGGCUGGCUACUGACUGUGGGAGGGAACUUCCUGUUGAUUUCUGUCUGCCUUGGAAGAGAGCCACUUCUGAUAUAUGGAAAUAAUAAAGUAAGAUUACUGUUUCA